CUUUCCUUCCUUCCUUCCUUCCUUCCUUCCUUCCUUCCUUCCUUCUAUCCUUCCUUCUUUAAAUGCAGUCUAAUUCAUAGAACAAAAUUCAAUAGUUUUAAUAUAUUUAGUGUUAUAUCAUAACCAUUACCUAUCUCAUUAGAUCUAAAAUCUAGAAAAAUUUAAUCAUAUCAAGAAACCAUGAACAUAUAGAUCUUGUCAGAAUAUAAAAAAAUCAAAUAGAAAGAGUUCCCACAAGAGGAGGAUGUAAACAGGUGGGCUUGUGGCUUGUCUAAUUCCAUUUGUGGGAGGCUAAGGCAGACUCUUCAGAGAAAGGUGGCUAGUGAGACUAUUGGUAAGCUCUGGCUUGGGUUGAAAGAUCUCGUCUCAGUAAAUAAGAUAGAAGUGUGAUCAAGAGUGACUCGACAUCAGGUCUUUAUGUGUGUGUCCACAAAAGAGCACAUGCGAACACGCACUCACACACAUGCAAUGAGAAAAGAUAAAAAAAGUCUAUCUAUAUUCAAUAAGGUGAGCUAUUUCCUAAUAUGGGCAUUUCUGCACUGAACACCAGAGUUCAGUGGCUACCAGUGACAUCAUAAAGUAUGUUGUAACAAAGCCCUCUCAAGGAUAAAUGCUUGGGUGGGUGAGCAGGUUGGUUAUUUGGAGAGACUCAGGCCAGCAGAGAGGUGCAUAACCAUCACACGGGCACCAUGGCCGGGAAAAGGCGAAGACGGAACAUAUCCCGCUCAAGAAGAGCUGAGCUUCAGUUUCCGGUUAGCCGUGUAGACCGCUUCCUCCGGGAGGGAAACUAUUCUAGACGACUGAGUUCCUCUGCACCCGUGUUCCUUGCGGGUGUUCUCGAGUACCUGACAUCCAACAUCCUUGAACUGGCUGGUGAAGAGGCCCACACCAGUGGCAGGAAGCGCAUAUCUCCAGAACAUUUGUGCCGAGUGGUACAGAACAACGACCAGCUCCACCAACUCUUCAAAGAAGGCACCAAGUCUGUGUUUGAGUCAGCAGAUCCUGAUGGGAACUGAUAAUGCCUGGGUCUCAAGACUCUGGAGGCCCACCACACCUUCAGCCUCAGCCAGCCCCAGUGUCCUACUAGCUGGGGGAGCUAGUCAAACAUGCUAUUAAAGCAUCUAAACU